AUCCUAAAUGACAAGUCAAACCAAAUCCGACAGUUUGUCAUCUGAUUUGUUUCUCGAUAAACAUAAUUGAAUUCAACCUAUCAAAACAAUUUAACAAUUGAUGGUUGUCCUCCAUUAAAAAAAUAAAUAAAUAAAUAAAUAAAUCCACAUAGUUUAGUAGCACUAGCAGCCUUUGAGAAUGCUUCAUAAUUUCGAAGUUGCCAUCUUCAAUUUGAAAGGAAUCACCCAUUAUUCACAUAGUAGCAUACUAGCAUAGACGAUACUUCAACUUCCUCCAAACAAAUAAAAAAAAAAAAAAAAAAAAAAAAAAACAUAUUCGAAUAAAACUAUCUAAUACAAUUAGACCCGAUCCAGGAUGUACAACCGGGGUGGACUUUACUUCCUUACUGGACUCGGCCUAAUACAACAUGUCCAACAAUUUCGGCCCAAAACAAAACAAAAGAGCUCUGUAAUUCCGUAUUCAUAUUUCUCUCUCCUCCCUUCAAUUCGCAAUCAAUCAGAUUUCCCCCAAAAAUUGAAAAAAUGGGUCGACCUUCAUCUGUAAUCGAAAUUCCGGAGCCCCGAAACCGCCGCUAUUCGCCGGAUUCCGACGAUUCCAGAGAGCGUUACCGUCGCCGGAGAAGUCGCAGCCCUGUUUUCCGGCGUAGCCGAAGUCCUAUCCGCCGUAGAAGCCGCAGUCCUGUACCCCGGAGAAGCAGAAGCCCUGUUUUCCGGCGAAGCCAUAGUCCUGUUUACCGGAGAAGCCGUAGUCCUGUUCGCCGGAGAAUCCGGAGUCCUGUGCUCCGGCGAAGUCCGGAGUAUCGGGAAUAUAGGAGGGAGGAUUACAGGAGAGAGAAUAAUGGUAGGGUUCCGGAAGAGGAAUCGGAUGAGGAAUUGCGAGGGUUGAGUAAGGAGGAGUAUCGGAGGUUGAAGAGGCAGAAAUUGAGGAAAUCGUUGAGGAAUUUCUUCUGGAAGGUUACGCCUAGUCCUCCUCCCAAUGAAAACGAUGCGUUUUACGAUCGCGAGGAGGAGGUUGAAGAGGAGAGAGAAAAUGGUGAUGUUGAUGGUGGUUUGCAGAGAGAGAAGAGGAAUUCUAGGUCUGCAAGUUCGGGUUCGGGCUCCGAAUCGAGGAGUUCGAGUUCUGAAUCGGAGGAAUCGGAUAGGGAGAGGAGGAGGAGGAGGAAGAGAGGGAAAGGGGUGAGUGAAGGUAAGAGGAAGAGGAAGGGUUCGAGUUCGAGGCGAAAGAGGAGUUGGAAAUCUGAUGAUUCUGAUAGUGAUUCUGGUAGGGAAGAGAGUGAGGAUGAUUAUUCAAGCAGUGAAGAUGAGGGUAGGAAGGGAAGAAGGCGGAAAUCGAAGUCGAAAUCGAGGAGUAGUAGGAGGAAGAGGGGAAGGAGUAGCAAGAGGAGGAGGAGAGAGAGUGAUUCUGAGAGUGAGAGUGAGAGUGAAAGUGGAGGCGAGGAGAGUGAUGGAGGGAAGGCGAAAUCGAAGAGGGGUAGCAAGAAGAAGAGGGGCACUAAGAAGAAGAGUGAUGAGGGUAGUGGCAGUAGUGAAUCAGAGAAAGAGGAGAAGAUUGCAUUGGAUGAUUCAAAUUUGAAUGAAUCAAAUCCUGAGGCAUUGAUGUUGAAAGAAAUGUUAGAGUCGAAGAAGGCGGCGGCUUUGGUUAAUGAGCCACCGGUGGGGCCACAGCCAUUGCCGAAAGCUGAAGGGCAUAUUAGUUAUGGAGGUGCACUUAGGCCUGGCGAAGGUGAUGCCAUUGCACAGUAUGUUCAACAAGGGAAGCGUAUCCCACGUCGUGGAGAAGUGGGGCUUUCGGCUGAUGAGAUAUCGAAAUUUGAGACACUUGGGUAUGUGAUGAGUGGUAGUAGACAUCAAAGGAUGAAUGCCAUCCGUAUUAGGAAAGAAAACCAGGUUUAUAGUGCAGAGGAUAAGCGGGCUUUGGCUAUGUUUAACUAUGAAGAGAAGGCUAAACGUGAGUCUAAGGUUAUGACUGAUUUGAAGAGGCUUGUACAACGUACCAUUGGCGAAGAAGUUGAUCCUAACCAUGAUCCCUUUGGUCCCAAGGAUGGCGAGGAUGCUGAACCGUAAUCUAUGUGCUACUUGAUGGCGGUACUUCAGUGUGGCAAGUUUUGAAUGCAAGCUUGAAGCUAUAGGAAUGGCUGAUAAGGUGGGCUGUAAGGGUUCUACUGCUUGUGCAAAAGCAAAUUUUGUAUGGAUCAAAGUUUUCUGAUCUACUGUGGAAUUCUUAAUUUCCAAGAAGUGGUUUUCAUAGGCAGCAGUAGUCGUAUCAAAAUAUAAAUGAUCCCAGAUAUUCAAUAUACUUGUAGAUUGCAUAAUGGAAAUCUCUUACCUGAAUGGAAGCUUUUUGGCUUUUAAGCAUCAGAAACUUGGAUCUGCAGAAUACAUUUGGGCAUUUGAAGUGCCAGGAAAAUUUCUAUGACGACUUAUGAGGUGACUACAUUAAGAGAUAUAGUCUCAGUCCAAAUGAUGAAGACUUGUGUCAACUUUUAGUUUAACACUUGCGAUAAUGGUUGGUUGAAAUGUUGUUAAGGAUGUAUUUUGCUGCAAAGAUGGUGAUUCAUACUUUGAUGUCAGAUGAAUUACUCUGUAGCUUCUUGUCUUGUGUAUGUAUAAUUUUUGAGUAUCUUUGUGUUCCAAUUUGCCUUUCAUUUGGAAACUUGACUUAUUAGUUAAUUACAACUUUACAAGUAUAUGUUCAGGACAUUUAUAUGUUAAA